UGCGCAGGCGCGAAGGAUUCCGUCAGCACCAGCAUCCCUGGGUCAGCUGGAUGCAGACAUCACCGGAAGGAUGCUGUGUCUCGGAGGAAGUCGUGCGGGCUGUGUUAUUUGACGCCGUGUCCUAGUUUCAUCUAUUCAGCGCACAUUGUGCCCCUUUUCUCUCCCUCUUUGUGUUGAAUAAACCCGCCAUGUUCCCAUCCUGUUACUCCAAGCCUGCAGACAGCGGAGGGAAGAGGAGCUCCGUCGCCAAGGUGCUGCUCGGAGUGUUUGUGGUGUAUAUGCUGCACACCGCCUGGCUGCUCUACGGCUUCCUCAACACCAAACCUUGCGAUGGAGGCAGUGGAGAUCCCUGCAUCACCUCCUACCUGGCAGCUAAACCCAGACUCCAGAUGAGUGUCUUUACCUGCCUCGUGCCAGAUAACAGCCAACUCACCCUCGCUCUAAGAGUGGACCCUUUUGAGCCUCACUCUACGUUUGAGAGACAGGUGAGCGUCUCUCUGCCAGAGGAGACCCGCAAUAAUGGCUCUUUCUAUGCGGUUGUUUAUGUCCACAAAGCGGGUGUUUCCCCCCUGGAGGACAGAAGAGAAGUCCACUACACUGCUCACCUCACCACAUACGUAACUCCUCCACACACAGAAGGCCAGAAGGGCACCACUAAGGUAUCUCCUGACUGUCCCCGCCUCAAACCACGUCACCGUGGCUUCGCUGGAAGUCACAGGUUUUUGUUUUCCCACCAGAAGGCCGGGACCGAGGGUCCCGUAUCGCACUGGAGGCCGCGCCUGCCCAUCACUGUGAUGUCAGAGGAGUUCAGCUUCAGCAGGGCGGGGCUUCCCAGUGACGUGCGGCGCCAUAUGAGAGUCUCCCAGGAGGGCAGACGGACGAUGUAUCUGCCUCUGCUGCUGGUCAACGAGCUCAGCUGCAGAGUCAGAGACCUCGUGGAGAUCAACAGCAGCAGCGUGCAGCUCCCUCUGACUGUGUCCUACGAAGGCAUCUCUCUGAGGACCUUCAGGUUUUGGAUCCAUCUGCAUGAUGUGGUUUAUUCCCUCCGACAGUUUGGCUUCACUGAGGAGAACAUUGACGAGAUUAAAGAGACCCUAAUAGGAUCCAACCUUUACCUGUUGGUGCUGACUGCACUCAUCACAUCUUUACAACUCAUUUGUGAAUUUCUGGCUCUGAAAAAUGACAUAAGUUCAUGGAGGAAAAAGAAGAGCAUGGCGGGAAUGUCGAGGAAGUCAGUUCUGUGGCGCUGUCUCGGCACUCUGCUGGUUUUCCUCCAUCUGCUGGAGGAGACCAGCCUGCUGGUGCUGCUUCCUGUCGGCCUGGGAGCGUGUGUAGAGGUGUGGAAGGUGUUUAAAGUGUUUAAGAUUCACCUAAGCAGGAGGUUUUAUACAAACAAGCUGGACGAGGAGGAGAGAAAGACGGCGGAGUACGACGCACAGGCCUCCAGAUACUUGUCCUACUUGGUGUGUCCUCUGUGCAUCAGCGGCGCUGUUUUUUCCCUGGGCUACCUGCGGCAAAAGAACUACUACUCCUGGCUGGUCAACACCCUGGUCACUGGAGUGUAUGCCCUCGGCUUCUUAUCUAUGGCUCCUCAGCUCUUCAUCAACCACAAGCUGAAGUCAGUGAGCCACCUGCAGGGGGCGGUGUUGAUGUACAGAGGAGUGAACACGCUGGUUUCAGAUCUGUGCUCCUGCGCCUCCUUCUUCUCCUCUUCUGUUCCCUUCACCUCCUCGCAUCAGCUGUCCUGCUUCAGAGAUGAGCUCCUCUUCCUCCUCUAUCUCUACCAGCGACGACGUUUCGGUUCAACGCCAAAAAGGAGAGAGAGCGUUUCUAAGAAAGUGAAGACCCAGUGAGUAGAAGACUAAGGGAUGUGCUGAAGAGCCGCAGACGGCCCGUCUCUGUACAGCAGGCACUGAUCCACCUCCUCAAAGAUGGGAGCGAGGCAGGAGCUUCACCUCGCGUGCUGGUGACAGACUGAUCUGAGACCAGCGGGUCUGCUGUUGAAUUUCCACUGAGUCGAUGCUUUUGUUUUUUUUGUUUUUUAGUUAAAGCUUUCAUUUCACUGCUGCAGGGAGCGAUCACAGUCAUCUUUUAUCCUCGGUUGCUCCACAGUUUCAUUAGCGUCAGUUCACCUCCUGCGAUCUCCUUUGUGUUGCUGUGGUGUCGUAGCAGAUCAAGCAUUAAUUAAACAAUCACCUUUGUGUUUCCGACUUGAAUAAAAAUCAGAAGGCUCAUGAA